AUGCCAUCGACACAUAGGAAGCUCUCCACGACACCGGUGCUGGGCUCGCAGCAGCCGACAAAACAGUUCACGUACAACGUUGCCGCAUCCUACAUUGCGAAAGAUCGACCGUACGACCCCUCGACCCACGUAUUCCACUUUAACCCUUACAAUCGGGUCCAACCUCCUCGAAAGCACACCAAGCGCACCCGCCCCGACAGCGGCCAGGAUGCCUUCUUCGUCACGCGCUUGAACGGGACCGGCGGCGUCGCCCUCGGCGUGGCAGAUGGGGUUGGCGGGUGGAUGGACUCGGGUGUCGAUCCGGCGGACUUUUCCCACGGUUUCUGCGACUACAUGGCCGAGGCAGCAUACUCUCACGCUCCAGGUAGCGAUUCCAAAUCACAAACGCUUUCUGCCCGCUCUCUUAUGCAGACAGGCUAUGAGGCCAUCUGCUCCGACCCUUCGGUCACAGCCGGCGGGUCGACUGCCAUCGUUGGGCUUCUCGAGCCCAGCGGAACCCUCGAGGUCGCGAACCUCGGAGACAGCGGGUAUAUACAUCUACGACUCAACGCUGUCCACGGCUCCUCGGAACCACAGACACAUGCGUUCAACACGCCUUUUCAGCUGUCCAUAAUACCACCAUGGAUCCUGCGGCGGAUGUCGGCGUUCGGGGGAUCGCAGCUCGCAGACAUGCCCAGUGACGCCGAGGUCUCACGGCUCAGCCUUCGCCACGGCGAUGUACUCGUCUUCGCGACCGACGGUGUGUGGGACAAUUUGUUCAACCAGGAUAUACUGCGCAUCGUGAGCGCGGCCAUGGAGGGCAGUGGUGCCUGGGUUCACAGCGACGCCGGGGGAAUCAGGGUCAGGCCGGACCUGUCGUCCUACACGAACACGACGUCGAGCGGGGACGGGGACGGAAAGGCAGUGAGCCUCCAGAGCUUGAUAGCGACGUCGAUCACGGGGGCCGCCAAGGCGGCGAGCGUCAACACCAAGCUGGACGGGCCGUUUGCGAAGGAGGUCAAGAAGUAUUACCCCAUGGAGACCUGGAGGGGUGGCAAGGUGGAUGACAUUUGCGUUGUCGCCGUCGUGGUUUCGGAGACCACGCCCGAUGACGCCCCAGUCAAGGCCAAGCUGUAA